AUGUUUCAAUCUCCUAUAAUCACACAAUGCAUUGACCUCACAUCUACAUCACCAAUCCCAGUAGAAUCCUCACCACAAACAGUUGUCAUCACUCAAGCUCCAGUUUCUCUCCAAACUGAAACUCUCUCAAAUGUUUCAAGUCCUCCAACCCUAGAGACUUCUAACACUGACAUGAUCAACAUUUUCGCUCUUGAAAACCUUCUCUCAAGUCCUCCUAGUGCUUCAGCUCAUCAACCACCCUCACCAAUAUCUCCUCACACUCCUGCUUCAGCUCAGCUGUCCUCACUCAUAUCCAUGCUUGAGGCUGAAUUAUUAACUCCACCCACUUCAAAUCAACAAACUUCAAUUAUUCCCCAUGUUGCCACAUACACUUCCCCUACUAUGACAACAAAUCCUCUCUCCACGACCUCACCUCUGAACUCUCCAAAUUCUUACAAAGAACCUUCUUCUAGAAGAAUUCAACUCUCCUCAAUCAAUCAUACAGACUCCAACGAUCUCACUGCUCAGAUUGAAGCCUUUUUUAAUAACUCCGUUCAGCUAUCUGAACAAGAUGAUCCUAUAGAAUCACACGCCUUGCCUUCUGUUCCACAACCUGAUCCUUAUGUCUUCCAAACAAACUCUCCAAUAUUUUCUUCUCCAAAGGAAGAUGAUGAUAACUCCUUCAAUGUUCAAACACUGCUUGCUCCGAGGUAUGACUCAUCACCUCCUAGAAACACCACCGAUAAUUCCAAUACCCUUCCUCAGAUUCCCAUCACUUCCAUCACAUCCUCAUUUUUUAACAACUUCCCCAGCAUUGGUAAUCGUCCUCCCGUUUAUCCUCGAUGUGCAACCUCAUCUGAAACGGUUAACCCCCAUCAGGGCAUCAACCUUCGAUCCUACACAGCUCUCCAAAAGCAGUUAAUGGCUUACCAAAAAUUCUGGAUUGAUUAUGUCACUGAACAAGUAUGCCCGAGGUUUCCAGGAAUGUCUCCUCCGGAUCCCUCUCAGAUUCAGUUUCCAUUUCUGCCAUUAUCUUCUGAGGCAACAUCUGAUGAUGAACAAUCUGGUUCUUAA